AUGUCUUUCGUAAGAUCUACUACUUCAAAAUUUAAAUUUGGUGCCCAUGUUAGCGGAGCCGGAGGGAUCUCCAACAGUGUUUCCAAUGCCAACGCUAUUGGAUGCAAUUCUUUUGCAAUGUUCUUGAAGUCACCAAGACAAUGGGUCUCGAAACCAUAUCCUGAGAAGGAAAUAUCUAAGUUCAAAGAAAACUGCGAAAAGUUUAAUUACAAUCCACUAACGGAUAUCCUACCACAUGGAUCAUACUUCAUUAACUUAGCAAAUCCAGACCAAGAGAAAGCUGAAAAGGCAUACGGUGCAUUCAUCGAUGAUUUGAUACGAUGUGAGCAAUUGGGGAUUGGCCACUACAACUUUCAUCCGGGCUCUUCUUUAGAUGGAGAUCACCAAGAACAACUGAAACAACUUGCGAAAUAUAUCAACAAGGCUAUAAAGGAAACCUCUUUUGUUAACAUCGUACUUGAGAACAUGGCUGGACACGGGAACUUGAUUGGUAGCGACCUACACGACCUACAAAUAGUGAUAGAUAUGGUAGAGGAUAAAACAAGAGUCGGUGUCUGUGUCGAUACAUGUCAUACUUAUGCUGCUGGGUAUGACAUCUCUUCCCAGGAAUCGUUCGACCGCUUUUGGAAAGAAUUUGAUGAAAUUGUCGGCAUGAAGUAUCUAAAGGCAAUUCAUCUCAACGACUCCAAGGCUCCGUUAGCAGCAAACGCUGACAGACACGAACUUCUAGGGCAAGGGUACCUAGGGCUCGCCUUCUUCAAUAUCAUAGCGCACUCUGAAUUCCUACAAGGUAUCCCAAUCGUGCUCGAGACCCCACAAAAGGACGAUAAUGGCUACGGUGAAGAAAUAAAACUACUUGAAUGGUUGGAAAACCUACAAAAGCAGGAAAACGACAAAGAGUACGUGGAAAAAUGCGCAACACUAAGCAAGCUAGGAGAAAAGUCUCGCAAAGAGUUCCAGGCCAAGCUUGACAAAAAGCAAAAAACUGCGAAGGGCAAAGCCAAGACAACUGCUACUAAAAGAAAAGGACCCUCAAUCACCGAACAAUUAACUGCCAAGAAACCCAAAAAAUAA